UGCCUAACAUGAUGGCCAAAUCAGCUUCAACAGAAGAUAAUUUGAAGUCAUCCUGGCCAAUAACCAAGCGACUCCACCCUCAGCUUUGUGGUAAACGACUGCUUAUAUUAGCUGGAGAUAGUACAAUAAUCAGGAAAUGCCAUACAAGCUCUCCAAAGGACAACAUUGGUCUUCAUCAUGCCUUCUGCUGGACUUGAGAUUCUUGGCGUUACCCUGGCUGUUUUCGGCUGGAUCUCUGCCAUUGUCUCUUGUGCUUUACCCAUGUGGAGGGUAUCCGCAUUCAUCGGGGUGAACAUAGUGACUGCUCAGAUCACAUGGGAGGGUAUCUGGAUGAACUGUGUGGUUCAGAGCACUGGUCAGAUGCAGUGCAAAGUCCAUGACUCCAUGUUGGCUUUGAGUGGGGACCUCCAGGCUGCCCGUGCCCUCACUAUCAUCGCCAUACUUCUGGGCAUUGUAGGUGUGAUGGUGUCUAUAAUGGGGGCCAAGUGCACUAACUGCGUGGACGAAGAGGCGUCUAAAGCUAGAGUGAUGAUAGCAGCAGGAGCUUGCUUCAUCAUAGCCUCUCUGAUGGAGCUGAUUCCAGUGUCUUGGUCGGCACAUACAAUCAUCAUGGAGUUCUAUAACCCAGUGAUACCUGAGGCGCAGAAGAGGGAGAUAGGAGCAGCGAUGUCAAUAGGUCUGGAGCUGAUUGGCAUUUCUUUGUGCAUUUUGGGAUGGAUUAUUGCCAUUGUUGCUUGUGCUCUUCCCAUGUGGAGGGUUACUGCCUUCAUUGGCAGUAACAUAGUGACAGCGCAGAUCAUAUGGGAGGGUCUGUGGAUGAACUGUGUGGUCCAAAGCACAGGACAGAUGCAGUGUAAGGUGCACGACUCCUUGCUGGCAUUGUCUCAGGACCUGCAGGCUGCCCGGGCGCUCACGGUGAUCUCAAUCCUCCUGGCCAUCUUAGCUGUGCUCAUUGCCAUUGCUGGAGCCAAAUGUACCAACUGCAUUGAUGACGAGGCAUCCAAGGCCAAAGUUAUGAUUAUUUCUGGAGUGUUUUUCAUUGUCUCAGGUGUCAUGCAGCUCAUCCCAGUGUGCUGGUCAGCUAACACCAUCAUCAGGGACUUCUACAACCCUCUACUGACGGAUGCUCAGAGAAGAGAGCUAGGAGCUGCGCUGUAUAUUGGGUGGGCAGCAGCUGCACUCCUAAUCCUGGGAGGGGGACUCCUCUGCUGCUCUUGCCCACCACGAGAGACCAGAUACAACCCGUCCCGUAUGGCCUACUCGAUACCUCGGUCCGCAGGGGGAGCAGCUUUAGGAAGGAAAGACUAUGUGUAAAAUGGAACACAUACAAAAGACACUGUUUAAAUGUGAUCUCUGAUUGAAAAUUAACAAAGACUCCACUCUGAAGGAUGAUAAUGUCCAAACUUUCUUGUUCUGUAUUUAUGAAAAAAUUUUCCUUGAUAAAAAUAGUAACAAAUGACACAAGCCUGAACAUGUGUUUUUGUGAUAAGGUCAUGCACUAAUUUUAAAUACCAUCAGUUACUUUUAUAUUUGGUUGCCAGUAAAUAUUUUUACAUCAAAUUGCAUUUUUGGAUAAUGUUUAGAUGGAACAAAUUCAAUAUUUCUGUUUGCAUCUUGUAAAUACUGUUAAGGAAUAUCUUUAAAGGUCAUUGUAGACAAUAGCAGCCCCAGAGCUUUGUGUUCCCUCAAGAAGGGAAGGCGCUCCUGUGUGCAUGUAUUUGUUGUAAACAUUUUUUGUCUUUUUUAAUAAAUGUCUUUUUGUCACAAAA